UCGCGAUAUUUGAUUUGCUGUUUGUUUAUAACACUACUUCCUACCUGCGGAUAGCUUUGUCUGUGCUAAGUGAAGUUGAUAAACAAAUAACAGAAAUCAGCCGCAAAGAUGGGAUGUGAUGGUGGUACGAUUCCUAAGAGGCACGAGUUGGUGAAAGGCCCAAAGAAAGUCGAGCAGGUCGAUAAAAAUGCAGAGCUGGCGGCAAAGUGGAAAUAUUGUGCCCUGAGUCAAGAAAAACUAAGACGACCUAUCGUUUCAUGUGACCUAGGAAGGUUAUACAAUAAAGAUGCUAUCAUCGAAUAUCUUCUGGAUAAGACUGCUGAGAGGCCCAAUACUGAGGCUGUUGUUCACAUCCGAGCACUUAAGGACAUAAAGGAGCUGAACUUGACUGAUAAUCCUGAGUGGGAAGGAGAGAGGAGAAAUGCUAAGGGAGAUCGUUAUGAGGACAUCCACUGUGGCAUGUUUAUUUGCCCUGUUGUUGGACUGGAGAUGAAUGGAAAGCACAGAUUUUGCUAUUUGCAAACCUGUGGCUGUGUUUUCUCCGAGCGGGCCCUGAAGGAGGUAAAGACAGAAAUCUGCCACAAGUGUGGAGACCCAUUCACUGCCGAGGACAUCGUUGUGCUCAAUGGCACCAAGGAGGAAGUGGAGCAGCUUCAGAAGAAGAUGGCAGAGAAACGUGUCAAGACCAAAACAAAGAAAUCAAAGAAGAGCAAAGAAGCUGAAGCUGUAUCAACACCAUCAGAUGAGGCCGGACCCUCUGGAACCUCCAGCUCCUCCAAGGAAACAAAGUCUGCGACGGCGUCUGCAACAAAGAGAUCCGUUCAAAGCACGGAGAAGUCAGAGGUCUUCAAGUCCCUGUUCACAUCCCACAGCUCAGCCAAGCGUACCAAAGAGCAGACAUCCAACUGGGUCACACACACCCCAUACCAUUUUUAGUACCGUUACAUAUUUCACAGCAAAAAAAAAAUUUUUUUACGUUUUUUUCUCUUUUUGUUUUUGUUUAAGGACAUUUUUUUAAAUUAUAUUUAGUCCAGAUUCACUUUCCUUAUUUAACGCCUGUCUCUUCAGACCUAGAACCUGUGUAUUUACUUGUUGUGUUCAUUUUAUUAAUGGCUCCCCAAGCUGUUCGACUCCUUGUUUUGUAGCCUAAUUCCUCCCCCAUGUAUUCUCUGUAUCACCUGUGCUUCGAGAAUUGAUGCUUAGAGACCCGUUUCUCACCUUUACUCUGCUGCCCCCCAGUGGGCAUUUAUAGAUUGGAUUUCAAGUAAAACUGUUUCACCGCUUUAAUCUCAAAAUAAAAUUAUCAAAUUUUUUUUUAUCUGGAAAAAAAAACCCUUAUAAGUGUGUCUCUUAGCUAUCUCUUAUCUUUACUAAAUAUAUCCACCUAGUUUAUUUGUGGAUUGUAGUGAUCUCAAUGACUUGCAAUCGAUUGAUUGAUGAAAAAUAUUUUUCAAGUCGUUUUAAUUAACAGUUAUUAAUUACCUCCACCCAAGAUGUUGCAACAGUGGUUGACUAAAGGCUUGCCCUUAAAGCAAGAAGAUUGCUAGAUCGACCCUUCUGUGGAUUUUUGGAUGUUCUCCCCGUGUAUGCGUGGGAUUUCUCCAGCUAAGUGAAUGGUUGUUUGCAGAGGGGUGGACUCGGGUCACAUGACUUCAAGUCAUGAAUUUCAUGACUUUGGACUCGACUUGACAAACCUUUGCAACUCUUCUUAGAUUUUAACAUCUGUGACAUUAGUACUUUCCUGUUGCUGUAUGAAAACUUUUUUUCUUCUAAAAAUAUAUUUUAAUAAUGUC